AUGCUCGACGAAAACCUACCGACAUUCCACUUCCGCCCCUCCUCCGAAAACCCCUCCAACACGGUGCUCUACUUCACCCACCAAGGCUCCGACCCGACACCCCAAUACGUCCUCAAGCGCGCCGACUCCUCCAACCCAGCAGCCCGCAACAAGUACGCCUCCGCCCUCACAGACAUCGCGUCGCAACACAUCAUCUACGCUGAAGUCCUCGUCGAGCCGGAAUGGACACAACCAACCCUCUCCGCCGCCGAGGCCCGCGCCCAGAACGGCUCCCCCGCACCUCCGCAGCCCAUCCUCCCAGACCAGGUGACCCUCCAACUCUACAACCCGGACUCGCAGGUCGUCAUCAAGACCAAGGCCGGUAGCUGGGGUAAGAGCGACAGUUGGGAGUUCGAGAUGCCCGAGCAGAGCUUCCGCGAGCCCAGCGCCAGUAUGCUCGACCGCUCGUCCGACGACCCGCCCAUUAGCGACACCGUGCCAAAGGUGGUCUUCCGCUGGAAGCGCGACGGGAGACUGAGCAGGGAUAUGACGUGCUAUAUGGUCGGCAAGAGCGUGGCCGGCAAGAAGAGCAAGGAACCCGAUAUCACAGUCGCCAUGUUUAAGGACAAGAAGCACGAGAGCGCCGUGACCAUCUACGAGCCCAACCUGCAGCGUGUGGACGUUGAAGACCGCAAGGGUCUGGAUAUUGUGCUGCUGCUUGGUGCCGAGGUCUUGCGCGACCUGUUCCUUAACCCAAGGCAAAACGUAUUCAACCUUACUGCCACCCCGCCUGCUGUGUCCGGGCGAAGGAAAAAUUCCAAACCCCCUCCGCCCCAGGUCGCCCCCGUGGCCGCCAUGUCUGGUGCCAUCGGCAACAAGCCCGCAUCGCCUCCCGCACAGCAGCCCAUGAACGUGAACAACGGCCCGCCGCGUCCCAACGCCCGUCAGCAGUGGGAGAUCGACAACGAGACGAAGCGCCUGCAGGCCAUGGUGGCCGAAGAGCAGCGCCAGGCCCGCGAGCGCGAGCGCCGGGAUGCCGAGGAAGCGAAGCGCAUCACGAAGAUGCUGGAGAAGGAGGACAAGGAGCGUCGGCGAAAGGAGGCCGAGAUCGAGAGGGAGACGGAGCGGCUGAGGAGAUUAUACGGCGUCCCGCCCAACGCUCCCACGCCGAACCUGCCCCCGCGUCAUCAGCCCCCGCCCGGCAGCGGCGCCGGAUCGUGGCACGUCGCCCCGGCGCAGCCACCCCGACCGUCCAGCGCGGGACCUUAUCAGCAUCAGGGCCAGCCGGGGACGAGCGCGUACCGGCCGCCGCCGCAGGUCCAGUUCGCGCCGCAGCAACAGCCGCCAUCCCAGCAGCAAGUGCCGCCGCAGCAGCAGCAGCAGGGCGGCCGCGGCAAGCUCCCGAACUUGAUGUCUGGGCUGCUCCAGGGCCCGUACGGGAACACGGCUGCCAGCGUCAGCAACUUCUUCCACCGGGACCGGGCCGAGGAGGAGCGGAAGCAAAAGAUUGCCAAGAAGAGGAGUGUGCAUUUCUGA